AUGAUACCCUACAUUCGAUUGUUUACAUUAUCGAUACUCUCUUUUAUAACCAAAGUUGAUGGAAAUUCUAUAUAUGAUUCUCGGGGAAUUCCAAUUGUUAUGCCUGACGAUGGCGUUCCAACUUGCGAUCCUGCUGGUUACUACACGCAAUACCCAUAUAGCGGCUAUCGUAUCAGCCUGGAGGUAAGGGUCCCCCAAAAAGAUACAAAAAGAUUGUCAGAACUUAGUUAUAAUACCUUAAUUAAUUCUCACUAUGAAAAAUUUUUUGUUCUAUCAGUCUGUGAUAUGAACUUCGUUACGGGCGAACUAGGCAUACCUGUUAGUAACCACGAAGAUAUUUGGAACAAAACAAUAUGCAGCGACAUAAUUCCUCUUGGAUUUGAAAAUGAAGAUAAUCUUGAAGAUGAGUGGCAUGAAAAUUUAGAUGAUGUUAAUGCAGCAAUGACUUUUUAUAGGAAAAAAAUUUCGACUGGAGUUGGAGGUCGACUGAAUGACCAAAGUAAGCUUGAAGCUAAAAAUCAUCCCUACUUUGACAUGUUUCUCAAUUAUCGGACACAAAUGUUUCAUCGUAAUGAACCAGAUGUACGACCUCAGUAUUGUUUUCAUACAGCUAAGGCUCAAAAGUUUUUGGAGAAUGGACAAGAUGAAUACUUUCGGUCAAAACUUACUCCUGAAUGGGACCGACAUCUUUUAACAAACAGUUUUGUAGGAGGUCUUUUUGAUUGCUAUGAAAACAAUAUCACUACGUAUGAUCCUAUGACUGGUGAUAUUGUUUGUGGACCUAAUAAUAUUAGGCCUGUUUUACCACUUUACCGAGAUAAUUGGCCAUAUAUGUGGACGUCGAUUGUUGUCAAUGAAAGGACCGAUACAGAAAUCAUAAAAGGAAAUGCACAAAGCAAUGAAGAUGAAGAAUUUGGUGAUGAACAACUUGAAUGGGCAGUUAGAAUACCUUGGUUAUAUACCCCUGAUGUGUACGACAAUGGGUUCCCAAAAGUCAUGACUGAAACGAGAAUGGUUUUACAACCGUCUAAUCAAGCAUUUAAGAGAAUUACAAUGAGAAAGUUAUACCACGAUCCAUGGGUUAAAAAUGUGAAUCCGUUUGAAAAGAUGUAUUAA